UGGGGCAUUGAAACUUCUGUGUGCCGGCAGAGGUUAGGUUUCAACAAUACAAGAUACAUGUACAAUACAAAAUAGAAAGCCCGAUAAAAAUGUAGGUUAUUGCCCCAUGCAAACUGUAUAUUGAACCUUUUUUUUGGUUGUUGGUUUGCAGUAAGUCUGCGGCAUUCAGGCAGACCCCUUGGACUUAGAGAGUAUGGUUAUGAGCAGGUUUUUGCAAAGAUGUAACAUACAGUACUAGUAUAUUCUCCUUGGCCUCUCAAAAGUCUGUGCCCUGUAAACUGUUCAUUACAAUUGUACCUUCUUUCUGCGUAGGUUGCAAGUGCAGAAUGGAGGGAGGAGAUGCCAUGUUGAAAAGUGUUGAUAUCGUUCCACCCAAGCGUGCUCGUUUGUCGGACCAUAUCAGUGAAGGGGACAGAAACCCACCAACGACGGGUGUCGUAGGCUUCUCCAUGGAGACGACCCUUGCCCUCUUACCCAGGAUGCACAUGGAAGAACUACAGUCCGAGCUGAAUCGGAGAAACAUUGUGGUGAAACUAGCAGGUGAACACCAGAGGGGUAGGGGUGACUUGGAACAUGUGCUGAGAGAGGUCAUGACAAGGGAGUAUGAAGUAGAGGAAGAUGAGGGAAUGGACACAAAUGCUGGUAACACUAGCUCCACAUUCGAGCACGGCGCUAGCAACACUAGCUCAGCAUUCCAGCUCAUGAUAAGAGAUGAUGAAGCAGAGGAAGGCAAGGGAAUGGACAUGAGUAAAAAUAGCUCUGCAUUCGAGCACUGCAAUAGUGACACUAGCUCAGCAUUUGAGCACGGAUCUUGGCUCAAAGAGGUGGGACCUAGCAGGCAAGCUCUUUCAAGGCCAAACAAUGACCAAGCUUCUUCACAAAAUCUUCCAGACCUUUCUGAAUCUGAGCUCACAGAAAAGGACAAGAUGUGUAGCAAGCAAGCAGCAGACAUAUCUAAGACUCCGGAUACUCACACAUACCCUGGACAGGUGCAGGUGAAGAAAGAGCCUAUCACACUUGACUUUGAUCGGUAUAUGAACAAUGUUGGACAUGUGACAGAACCAUCAACAACACAGCAACCAGGCGUUGGAGAUAAGUCACAGCCUAAUGCUGCAAGUUCACAGCCUAACUCUGCAACUUCACAGAAUUUGAUAGUGAAAAUCAAGACAGAGCCUGGACUGGAAGAAGAGACAGAAUAUGAACAGCUGCAGGACUUGAGGAGUGAGCUCUGUCCUUCCUCACCUGGACAACUGUCUCAAGAACUUGACAAGGUGGAUGUCUCCUUAGAAGGAGGUGAUGAGCCUUCAAGUAAAGAACCCCUAAAGGUGGGCUGACUAACUGUGGCUAUUUUCAUCACUUAGUUUUGACUUAUAUUUUUCGGAUGAAUUCAGAUUAGUGAAAAGAAGAACUUGUGUAAGGAGCACUUACAUAAUGCGUGUAUGUAUGUAGGUAGUAGAGUUGUGUACCUCAAACAUUCUAGCUCAGGUACAGGUAGCCGGGGUUUAGAUCUGAACUAUUUUUGUUGUUCAUAUAAUGGUUGAAUGUCAAUAACGCAAAUUUUUGAGCUCGUUUGAACUGAUAACAAUAUAUGUUUCUACUAAAUUCUAGUCGUGUCAGACACAACUGUUUAUCUGACGUCCUGGGUUCGAGUCCCCUGAUAUGUGUGACAUUGUGCCCUUGGGAAAGGCACCUCACACGACUUUUUUCACUUCACUCAGGUGAAAAUAAGUACUGUAUCUAGCUAUUGUCAGAGAUGUCCCUCGGAUAGGACGUUGAUUGGAGGCCCUUUGUUUGAGGAGAGCCGCACCUCAAGCUCGAAGUUCAAGCAUGUAAUUUUUUAGACAGCAUCGGAAUGUAUAGUCCAUAUACAUAUGAAUCAAUCCAUAUUCAUUCUCAAUAGGCUAAUAAAAAAAAUCAGUAAAUACAUCUGUCCACAUAGUGUCGAUUUUGCAUGUUGGCCACAAUGUCCUUUCUUCAUGUCAGCUUCUUUGCUUUUUCUAAUGGUAGUCUCGGAACAUAUCGCCUAGGAACGUAUAGACCGUACACAUCAGUGACAGCAUGAAUCCCUUUCAUACUAAGAUCGUAGUUGCAUACGCUAAUACUAUUAGGUAAUUGCGUUAAUGCUUUAGUGAUAUUCAGUAACUAACUUCAAAUACAUGUAAUAAAAAUCUAUUAAUUUACUGCAAGACUAGAAAUGGUUUUCUAAUGUGAUAUUAGUCUUGUCAAAAGUAAAUGAAAAUAGAUUAGUGUGAAUUUAUAUUUGACACCCUAAUUUUGCACAAAAACUGAUCCAUCUUUUAUUAUCUCAAAACAUGUCAUUAUUAGAAAAUUUUACGACAAAGAUGUUAAGGUUUUCCGUAUGAGUGGGAUUGAUUAAGAAUGUCAAUAUUGUCUAUUCUGACAUUGAUUGAACUUAAGCUAAUAUUUGUGGUAAAUAAAGUAUUGCUGAUGUAGAUUUUUUAA